AUGACAGAAUUUCAAGGAAUAACAUUUGAAAAAUGGUUUGAAUUUUUUAUUCAGUUUAUAAUUACGGCAACAAAAAAUGGGCAUGGAUCAGAAGCAUAUGAUCGGCAAAAUUCACAAAAAUAUUUUUUAAGACAAAUAAGAGCAAUGGAUUCAGGCAUUUCUGACAGUUCUCCAACGAAACCUGAUGCUGGUUUGUUGACACUUUAUGGACAUAUUUUGGGAUGUUCAAGAAGUUAUAAUGGCGCUCUUGCAGCACUUGUCAAACCAAAAGAUCCUCUUGUGUGUUUUUCUAUGGGUCUUGCAUAUUUGCAUCAUGCUAUGCAGAGAAAAACAAGUAAUCAACAUUUACAAAUUUUACAAGGAUUCAAUUUUUUAUAUGAAUACUAUGAAUUAAAAAGCAAAAACCAAGAAGCUGAAUAUAAUUUAGGGCAUGCAUUUCAUCAAUUAGGAUUAACACAUUUAGCUAUACUACAUUAUGAAAAAGCACUUAAAUUACCAUCAGUAAAUCAAAUUUUGAAACAAAAAAUUGAUAAAGGCAAGAAAAAACAAUUAGAAACCGACGAAAACGAAGUUGAAAAUUUCGAAGAAAAUGAUCCUACAGAUAUUAGAAAAGAAGCUGUCUAUAAUUUAUAUUUAAAUUAUAUGGAAACAGGAUCUUCAGCUUUAGCUCAAAUGUUAUUAAAAAAAAUAUUAUGCAAUAUGAAAAUUUAUUUAUUUGGAAUUACUGGUAGCGUUGCUUGA